AUGGUCUUCCCCUUUGAAAAAUUGCCAAAGGAUAUCCGCCGCAUGAUCUGCGACAUCAUCUUAGAGUCAGCGUAUCGGCCACUGCUCGACCGGCGUUAUGGGCUCUAUUACAAAGCCUCACGUAUACCUGUUGUGCUGAUUCCGGCCAACAAGUUUCUCCACGAGGAGAUCACAGCAUGUUUAAAAGAACAUGUCGCCGCAAGAUCUGUUGUUCUUUUGUGUCACCAGCAGAACCAGACAUACGAGCUGGGCGUCGAAAGAAUCGCAGCAGCACUUGUUCGUAUGGUCAAUAUAGGUCAACUAUACGACAGCCGUUGCCGUCAGAACACUGACAUCGACUCGCGUCCCUCGCAAGAUUUCGACUUCUGGACACUCAAAGCCCCCAAAAUGGUAUUUGAGGCGGAAAUGGACCGUAGAGAGUCCAAAGAUAGUCUGCCUCCGUUUCGCUUCUACUGA